CAAAUGUAUUAACCCUGUCAGGUGACGAACUCAUUCCGUACAGCCAUGUUUUAUAGAGUGGGUAGAUAGAUUUUAGCACGACCAACCAUGGAUCCCCGUCAUAGUGCCCAGGACGUGCACCGAUGUGACCUGUGUGAAACCGCCAUAGUACACAGCUACUGUGACUUUUGUCAUGUCAACCUAUGCAUUCCUUGUAUAGGCAAACACAUUUCAGAUGGAUAUGACAAACAUAAAAUUGUCCCUUUUCAAGAACGAAGAUCAACUCUCAUUUAUCCGAAAUGUGAAAUACAUCCACACAAAAAUUGUGAACUUCAGUGCAAAGAUUGCAACAGCAGUUUUGUUUGUUCUUCUUGUACUGCAUCUGAACAACAUAGGGGACACAUUUUCGAAGAUGUUUCAACUGUUUACAAGGCAAAGAAAGUUACUAUUGAAAAAGAUGCAGAAGAGUUAGUUAACCUUAUUUCUCCUACAUAUGUAAAAAUUGCACGAGACUUGGAAAAUCACCUUGCCAACCUGGAUGAAGGAUAUGAGAAACUUACAACAACAAUGUCAAAACAAGGAGAGCAAUGGCACAGAGAAAUUGAUAUGGUCAUUAACAAUAUGAAAACUGAAAUCAAUGAAAUAAAAGUAAAACACAGAAAUAUUUUACAAAAACAUUUGGAUGAAAUCAAAGAGAUACAGUCUCUCAUAAAGCAAACACUACAGGCCAUAAAAGAUAUUGAGCAAGCCACUGAAGUAUCUCUUACCAUUGAAUACAGUUCUAAGAUCAGAGAGUUCAGCAAGCUUCCACCCAAGAUUCAGGUAUCACUACCAAAAUUCAUUCCAAAACAAAUAGACCAUGAGACGCUGUAUAAUUUGUUUGGACAGAUAACUCCAUUAUCUACUGCCACAGAAGAAAUUACCUUGUCACGAAACCAACCUAUAACUACAGUCAGAGAACUACUGGAUAAACCAGAACUUGUUGCCACAAUACAAACUGGACAUGAAAAACUACGCAAUGUUACCUGUCUGAAUGAAGGCAGGAUAUGGACUUGUGGAGAGUCCAAUGAUAUCAAAUGCUUCAACAUUCAAGGUUCACUCCUCCAGACAAUCAAGAAAAAAUUUGGUAAAUUCCCUAAUGAUAUAGCUAUAGACAAUGAUGGGAAUCUACUGUUCACUAAUGGGGCAACAAGGUCAGUGAAUAAAGAAAAUAACGGACAGACAGAAGAGCUGAUCAGAUUACAGGGGUGGGUACCUAAACAGCUGUGUGUCACCUCUAGUGGUGAUCUCCUGGUUACCAUGAACAGUGUUGAUGUAACUCAAUCCAAAGUUGUCCGUUACUCGGGAUCUUCUGAGAAACAAACAAUUCAAUAUGAUGAUGAUGGUAAACCGCUAUACCAAGCGAAUAAAACUAGUAAAUACAUCACUGAAAACUUGAACCAUGACAUAUGUCUAGCUGACAGUGGGGCUAGAGCAUUAGUGGUGGUUAAUCAGGACGGGAAACUUAGAUGGAAAUACACUGGUCAUCCCUCAGUUACCAAGAAAAAUCCGUUUGAACCCUGGGGUAUCACAACAGACAGACAGGUUCGUAUCCUGACUGCAGAUAUUUACAACCAUUGUAUCCAUAUUCUGGAUCAGAAUGGACAGUUUCUCCAUUACAUUGAUAACUGUGAUCUGAAGAAUCCAUGUGGUUUAUGUGUUGACAAUAAUGGCAAUCUGUUUGUGUGUGAAUACGACAAAGGCAAUGUAAAGAAAAUCAAAUAUUUGAAAUAGAUACUCUAAUUUUUGACAAAAAUUGAUGUCAGCCAAAUAUGACAUUUCUUAGACAUUGAUUUAUCAUGAUUAUUUUUAAAUAAGAUACAAUAUAAUUUUUUUAUGCAAUUGUACUUACAGGUACAUGUAAAGUUCAUUCAUAUUAAUCAGUAAAAUGCGGUUUUGUGAGGAGAGUAUUUGGGGUUUGAUUUGAGAUCAUGUUUGUCAUUUACUUACAUCAAUUCUAUUAGAUUAUUUUAAAUUGAAUACAAGUGUGUUAAAUGGAUACAUUGUACCACUGGACUUUUUUUAAACGCCAUUAUUUCAAUUUAACUUUGUAAGUAGAAGAUUGUUUUUCAAAUGUUGAUGUUUGAAUGGACUGUGUAUUACAUGAAAUAUGCUACUCAUUGCUCUUUAA